CGGGGGUACAGCAUUGCAUUUUCAGAGAUGGAGGCUGGAGCAGAGCAAAGAGUCAGUUGCAGGAGCCUUUCUCUCCUGGUGGCUGGUGCUAUAAAACCAAGAGUACCUCCCCACCGCUCCCGUCGCCGUUUCUCAUUUCUCAACCAAGAAGAAAGAAGCCGCCCCGCCCCGCCCCGUCCAUCCAUCAAGGUCGUAGGUCGAGGAGCCCGGCGGCCGCCAUGGACUACCAGCAGGCUGCGACCAACGGCCGCCACCACAACGACGGCGACGCCGCCGAGUGGAAGCAGGUCGCCGAGCUGAGGGCCGUCACCGAGGCGCAGGACCCUGCCUGCAAGGAGGAGGACGACUACAUGCUGCGUCGGUUCCUCCGCGCCCGCGACCACCACAUCGGCAAGGCAUCGGCGAUGCUGCUCAAGUACCUCAAGUGGAAGCCGACGGCCAAGCCCCGCGGCUGCAUCUCCGAGUCGGAGGUGGCGCACGAGCUGUCCCAGGGUAAGUUGUGCCUGCAGGGCCACGACCGGCAGGGGCGGCCCAUGAUCUACGGCUUCGGCGCCCGGCACCACCCCUCCAACCGCGACCUCGACGAGUUCAAGCGCUUCGUCGUCUACGUGCUGGACGCCACCGUCGCCAGGCUGCCCCCCGGGCAGGAGAAGUUCGCCGCCGUCGCCGACCUCAAGGGCUGGGGCUACUCCAACUGCGACAUCCGGGCCUACCUCGCGGCGCUCGAGAUCAUGCAGAACUACUACCCGGAGCGCCUCGGCCGGGUGUUCCUCAUCCACGUGCCCUACGUCUUCAUGGCCGCCUGGAAGAUCGUCUACCCCUUCAUCGACGACAACACCAAGAAGAAGUUCGUCUUCGUCUCCCACAAGGACCUCGACAGGACGCUCCGGGAGGCCAUCGACGACGCCCAGCUGCCGGAGGUGUACGGCGGAAAGCUCAAGCUCGCGUCGCCGGCCAAGAGUAAGUGAUCAUCACUACGUACUGAUGAUCUGAAUCUCUAGUGAUGGCACGGCGGUUCAGCAAUCAGCAGAGACGACGACCCCGUGCAUCGGUGCAUGCUGUAUUAUUGGAGGAUGGUACGAUCCAGUCUCCAGAGGUAGUACCAAGCGUAACACGUACGUACGGCUUUCGACACAAAUUCUGUUAAAUCCAUCGAGUGCCACUGUGUCAGACAGACCGGAUGAACACUAUGGCAGUUAGCUAGUACUAGGUAAAUUAGUAACUUUAUUUUUCCCCAUGCAUUUCCUUGGCUGACUACAUGUACUCUGUAAUAAUGGACUACAACACAAGGACAAGGCACAGAAAGACGACGUAUAUAUGGUUUCUGUACCCUACCAAUAAUGCAUGUAUUUGUAUCAAUAAUAAGGUUAAUGACCGGCCGGUAA